UACAUACGAAGAAGGAGUAACACUAAAGGACGCUUAACACAACAGGUGCCCAUUACAACUAGCAACCACGCUCUGUAACUCACCCUUCUAUCCCGUUACACAUCGUUUCCGGCAGUACAUUACAUGAUUAUGAGUGUGUGAGUAGUGAAUCGCGAUAUGAUUAAUACGCUAUGACAUACGCAAUUUGUCCGCAUACUAAUGCAAACGUUACACGGCUCCAACUAACCAACCCCUGUAGUGAUAACGCAUCCAGACUAGGGAGUGGUGAAACUUAAUCAAAACAAAACGCUACGAAAGGAUGUACCGAAUCGUCCUCGGGUAGCAUAACCGGUCGCGUGCUCGUGCGAACCGGAUGUAUCAGUCGUCAGGAUAGGUGCCAGUGAGUGAUCGAACAAACUACACGUUUACAAGCGUAACCGUGCUACGAAAGUUAUUGUUUUGUUGGAUGUUGUGAUGAUUGCGUUUAGCCCUUGGAUGUCUUCUUGUGAUGUGAUAAGAUAGGAAAAAGUGCUCUCAACGCUCGUGGCACAAUUCGCGACAGUUUUCAUUGGUGCCAUCUACAAAUCACUCGAACGAUAAAGAGAAGUAACGCAAUAGAGUAGCGAAUUUUGUACCAUAACAGAACGAUUAUUUAGUAUUGUGAAGCCCUAUAUUUAAUGCUUUAUCAUGAGUGCAGCAAAGACGACGACCAUUCUUCAAAAGUUAACCGCUCACACGAGCGAUGUGACGUCGCUGGAUUUUUACGGAAAUGCGCUGCUAGUGACAGGGUCAAGUGACAAAACGGUGCGUGUGUGGCGAUGGGUUGCAGGCAAUGGAUUCCGGGAGGAAUCAUUCUCACCACUGCUUGGUCACCGGUAUGGGGUGACGGGUGUACGCGUGUCACCGAAGGGAGCUGUUUUAGCAUCCGCUUCCGUCGAUGGCACUGUAAUACUGUGGAACCUGAGCAACGGUGAAAUCUCCAAUGUGAUCAAUCAACAGGGCGGUGAAGCCAUUCGUGCAUGCGUUUUCAGUCCCAACGGAUCGACCAUUGUCAGUUCCGACGACAAUGGUUCGGUUUGUAUUUGGGGCCAGGAUAAAAGUCUAAAGUGCCAUGUAAAAGUUCACGAUGAGGCUGUUCAUACAAUUGCGUUUUCUAGCGAUUCGGACAUACUGCUGACGGCAUGCACGUUGGGUAAUGUGAGACUAUACGCCGUAGAGAACGAUUUUGCUGGUGAUCUCUCAUCUGCUGACUGUUCGAUCGAUGCCGCCCAUGAUAUGGGUGUAUUGUCGGCCGACUUUUGCAAAAUAGUUCAUACCGACCCUACCGACAAAUGUUCGUUGAUUUACACCGUUGCAACGUGCGGCACUGAUCAUUACAUUAAAAUUUGGAGGAUAUUCUUUAUGCCAAAUAACAUUGAUCGCAGUCGUCGAUCGCGACUUAUACCGACAAGCCCUCAGGAGCACUUUGCAGGGCAAUCGACCAUCUACAGCACCGAGGUCAUGAAUGCUAGCUGCGUACAAACGAUAUCAGCUCACGGUAGCUCAGUAACUUGCGUGCGGUUUAAUCCAACUGGCACAUUGCUGUUCUCCUGCAGCCUCGACAAAACAAUAAAAAUCUGGAACCAACAGGGCACGUGCCUGAAGACGUUGUCCGAACAUUCUCGGUACGUUAACUGUUUGGCCAUCAACAGUGAUUCAUCGGUGAUCGCGUCUGGUUCGAACGAUCGAACGGUGGUAGUGUGGGAUUUAACCAGCAGAUUGAGCUUGAACUCGCACAUCACCGGCAUACGAUCGUUGCUAUUCUCGCUCGCUGUAAAGACGGCUGACAUUCCGCUGGAGUUUACCUGUCCGAUCACGCAUGAGCUGAUGAAGGAUCCUGUAUACGCGGAAGAUGGUUUUACGUACGAGCGAUCCGCUAUUAAGGAAUGGUUUUCCAGGGAGAAAGCCAUUUCACCGAUGACCAACCUGGAACUAUCUACCGAUGAGUUGGUGGAAAACGGGAAGCUUAAGCAGCAGAUUGAAGAUUACAUGCGGUCCCUAGAUACGGAUGUUGGUGAAGUGAACUGAUCACUACAUAAUUCAAGCAUCAAGCAAUUCUUUCAGUGCCUUUCCUACAUGGAGUUAAAGCUUUCGUUCGUAACGCAUUUCCACCCGAAAUGGUCUACUUCAAAUGUGUUUUUUUUUCUGUUCUUUUCAUAUAUAUAUAUAUAUAUUCUUCAGUGUUUUUUUUAUCAUCACCGAUACACUACAGCAUUGCGUUAAUGUAAAAGAUCGAUAACCGUAGCGUUUUGUACCUUUUGUGUUGCUUUCGGGCACGAGGUGCCGAUGGGCGAUAAGAUGUGAUAGAGAGCGAACGCGCUUUAUUGCGCCACGUAACAUAUAACUCCAACACGUACGCAGCGAACACACUUCAUCGGGAACACCUGAUAUCUCUAGUAUUGGUUCCGUUGCGACGUGCUAAAUCAUUGUACUUUCGAGUCGGUAUUAGAAAACAACUGCACACACUCUGAUAAGAGAGCUCAACACCCCCCUCUUCCCUUCCCCUCUCAUCCAGUUUUGCUCUGCUCGUUUUUGAAACAGUUUUUUCAACAGCCAUUGCUACAUUGUAAUACUUCUGCACUGCGUCCGGUGUGUUGAAAUUAAACGAUAUUUUAAGUGCCUGCAAAACUUGUUAACCUGAACAAAAAUAAAGUACCAUGUUGAAAUGACGUGUACACGUGAAGAAGAGUCAUACAUACUAUCGCGCAUAACGACAUGGCUGACGCUGGCAAGCGACAGCGAGGUCUACAAACGUGCACAUGCUGGAAAAAUAAAAUAAAGGUCAUCAAGCAAAUUGCUAAUACUUAUCAAA